AUGUUGGUCAAGUCGGUAAGCCUGUUUGAUGGGUUUUUUGAUGUUAAGAUUGAGCGCAGAUGAUGAAAACGAUGUUUUAGCCGAUGUUUAGAGUCUCUGAAACAGUCCACGCGACACGAAACCGUAAAUUCGACGAGCCGGAACGACGAGAAAUCACGUCCACCAGGAGAACAACACUCAGAGCACAGCAAGAGGUCUUUCAACAAGAUUCUGACAAGAAAAACGAGGACAGGUACCAAGAACACCAUCAAUAACGUCACUCCACGGACGAGACGAGCUCCCCACCCCUUGAAAUUACUCUACAAUAACCCUAAUCCUUAGUGAUGACCGUAGACAUGGUCCAUUUGACGUUGGUCUUCAGCAAUCAGCCCAGUGA